UCAGUGACGGAGGGAGAUUCUGUCACUCUAAAUCCUGAUCUUACUGAAAUACAGAAAAUGGAUUUGAUUAUGUGGAAAUUUGGACCUAAAGACAUUAUCAUCGCUCAAAUCAACAAAAAGAAGAGCACGGUUCAUGAUAAUAAUGCUGAUGGGAGAUUCAGAGACAGACUGAAGCUGGAUCAGACUGGAUCUCUGAUCAUCACAAACACCACAAUCACAGACUCUGGAGAAUAUAAAGUAUACAUAAAAACAGAGACGCCGCUCAACACAUUCAAUCUUACUGUCUAUGCUCAUCUGUUCAUUCCUGUCAUCAGCAGAGACAUUUCACAAUGUUCAUCAUCAUCAUCAUCAUCUUCAUCACAGCAGAAUUGUUCACUGCUGUGUUCAGUGGUGAAUGUGAGUCAUGUGACUCUCUCCUGGUACAAAGGAAACAGUUUAUUGUCCAGCAUCAGUGUGUCUGAUCUCAGCAUCAGUCUCUCUCUACCUCUGGAGGUGGAAUAUCAGGAUAAUAACACCUACAGCUGUUUAGUGAACAAUCCCAUCAGCAACCAGACCACACAUCUGGACAUCAGUGAACAUUGUCACGUGUGUCCAGUUCAGACCUGUGAUGUGGAGAUCACUUACGCUGAUCCAACGUUCUACACAAGAAAACCACAGAAAUCAAGAGUUAAAGAGGAAGAUGAGGUGGUGUAUGCAGGUGUCACAAAUCUGAAAUGUCUGCAGACUGCUGUGUGCACUGAGGAUGGAGAAGAUGGAGUGUCAUGGGUGAAAUGCUCCAUCACUGCAUCUCCUCUUGUUUUCUCAUCAGGACCAGCUGCUGCUGUGGUCUCUUCAUCUUCAGUGACCCAAGAGCCAGCGAGAGCAUCUAGAGAAAAACCAAAAGACACUGAGGAUGUGACUUUGGUCAAGGUCUUCAUCAUGGUCUUCUUCAUCCUCUCUGUGCACUCAGACAAGGACUUGAUGUCCCUCUCUCAUCACGAUCAGAUUCAGUCUGACUGCAGCAGUGAGGGACCUGAUGGACAGAUGUGGGUUCACCGUCUGUAA